AUGGGGGGCAUAACGUCCACCACGCGCCGCACCGAGCUGACGGCGAUGAAUUUCUGCUACCACGACGACCUGAUCCCAAAGACGGAGGAGGGCUGCAACGUGGCCGCGAAGAAGGUGCACGGCUCUCACGUGUUCGAGAUCUCAGGAUACAGCCUGCACAGGGAGCUAAACGCCGCACGCGCAAUGUCGGCCGUGUUCACCGUCGGCGGCUUCGACUGGGUAAUUGUCGUCUUGACCGGGGGAUUACAGGGUCGUGUAAAGGAAUUCCCUGCGCUGGGGGCGUUCCUCCAAUUAAUGAGCGAGGACGAGGGCACCAGGGUGAGGGCGUCCUUCCACAUCAGUCUCGUGGACGUCACUGGAUCUGCGCCGCCGCAUACGAUGGUAGGGACGAACGAAUUCGACACCGAACCCGAAAGAAGCCAGUGCUCAGGUCGCCUCGACUUCAAGCUAAAGAGCGAGCUCGAGGCGUCGCCUUACCUUCACGACGAUCGCCUCACCAUCGAGUGCGUUCCAACAACCGCCGGUCAAAAGGAUGUGAGAUCCUUCGCCGAGCUGCCGCCGGCCGACAUUACGGCCUUCACAGAGCACACCGACGUGAUUUUCGAGGUUGAGGGAGAGGAUUUUCCUGCCCACAGAAGGGUGCUCGCGAUGCGGUCGCCUGUCUUCAAAGCCGAGCUAUAUGGGGCGAUGAGACUAGUCGAUAUGGACCGGAUUACCAUCGCUGACAUUCAACCCGCUGUCUUUGAGGCCCUCCUUAAUUUUGUCUACACCGAUUCACUGCCUGCAUUGGAUGAUCUUGGCCGCACUGACUACAACGAGAUGAUCCGGCAUUUGCUCGUCGCCGCAGAUCGCUAUGCCAUAGACACGCUGAAGACUAAAUGUGAAGGCAUCCUUUCCGAGAAUAUUGAUGUGAAGACCGUGCUGGCUACCCUCGCUUUGGCUGAUCAGCAUCAUUGCGGUGUGCUAAAUGAGGCUUGCCUUCGGUUUAUUGCCUCUUUAGGUAGUAGAGUGCAAAUGGAGGCGUUAAUGGCAAGCCAAGAGUAUGCUGAGCUCAAAGCAAACUGCCCUUUGGCUUUAGUGGAACUAUGGGAGAAGAUAUGUAGCCUUGGCAGCAGAUCAAAGUCUUCGUUUCAGUUUGGUAGUUCACUCGCAUAA